AGCUUCGGUGCUCCCUCACGAAUUGGUGGUGUCGGAAGUGCUGACGAGGCUUGCUUGCAAACCUCUGGCGCGAUUCAAGUGUGUGUCUAAUCUCUGGCGUUCAUCCAUCGAGGACGAUUGUUUUCGUAAGGGUCAGGGUCAGGGUCAGGGUUAGGGUCUGGGCCAAAAGGGUUAGGGUCUGUAAGAAAAGAAGAGAAAGGUGGAGGAGUAUUGCAGUUAGAUUUGGCUCACCAAUUCACUGUUAACGGCAAGAUGUACGACGGAUUUACGGAAGUCGUUAAUGGCCUCUUCUGUGCCUACAGAGGUCAUCGCAUGUGGGUUUGCAAGGUCUCUACUAAUUGUUCCAUAGAGCUUCCUCCCUGCUUUAAUUAUUCUCGUCGUCAGAAAUUUAGAUUCUACCUCGGGUUUGAUUGUACUAGAAAGGAAUACAAGUUGCUUAAAUUGUGCUUUCGUAGUGACCCUGGCACUAGGCACGACUUUUAUUUCUCACCGAACUGCGAGAUUCUUACUCUAGGCAAGGAUGAUGAGUGGAGAAGCAUCCCCAGUGGCAUUCCAAUUGACAUCUGGGGCGAAAGCGUUUUCCUCCAUGGAAGUAGCACUCUCUUUUUCUGGCCCCAGGUUACACGCACUGUGCUUGUUGCCUUCUCAUUCAAGGAGGAGGUAUUUGAUGUUUUCCGGUUUCUGCCACAGCCAUUCAAGAGUGAGGACCAUCGGGGUUCGUUGCUUCAAUUUGGAGACCAUCUGGCUCUGGUGGAGGGGUUCGUUGAUCAGAAAUUAGAGCUCUGGGUAUAUGGGGGCAAGAUGCCUACAGAAGAAGAGAAAAGGGGAGGAGAACAAGACGUUGAUGUCGAUGUUGUUGAUGUUGCUGAUGAUUAUGUUGAUGACGGCGAAGAAGCAGCAGCUUUUGAUAUCGAUGUUGUUGAUGUUGCUGAUGAUUAUGUGGAUGACGGCGAAGAAGAAGCAGCAGCAGCAGCUUUUGAUGUCGAUGUUGUUGAUGUUGCUGAUGAUUAUGUUGAUGACGGCGAAGAAGCAGCAGCAGUAGCAGAAGCAUGGACUAAGCACAUCAUCAAUAUCCCAUAUGCUUUCAAAGACCGCGGAUGUAGUUUACUUGGAAACCUCCCGACAGGUGAGAUGUUAAUGACUGGUACGCACGUAGCACAGGAAGAAGAAGGGACUAAUAACAGUAAUAGCAAGUCACUGCCCCUUGUGCCUGUCAUGCCUCCUCUUUAUUCAUACGACCCCACUAAGGAAAAGUUUCAAGAGCUUGUAAUUGGCAACAAUUUCCAGACCCCUCUCCUACCUUCCAUCGGAAUGGACAGUAACAAGCUCCAUAUAUACCAGUAUGUGGAAGAUAUCAGACCAUUGGAAAAUUUGAUUAGAGGAGAUGAGUCCAAUCUUGGAGGAACUUAGAGCUUGAAGAAACUGAAGAUGGGUGAUUGGAAUUUUGGUCACUGUCUUGCCAAAUGAACUUGAAGAGCCUGAAGAUCAGUUCUUUGCUCAACUAUUACAUGUGAUGUCCCCACUCUUUCUUUAUGUUUUUUGUUUUAACGGUUAUUUAUGAUUGUGGUUUCAUUGUAUUUUGGCUACUGACAAGGAAAAGUAUUUGGAAUUCAAAAUAUGUUUGAAUGUUA